GGCGCCGGAGGACCGUGCGUGGGGGCGGCGGCGGGCGCGUCCCCGCGACGAGCAGGGAGCGGGCGGGGACCCUGCGGACGAGGCCGGGCCGAGGCGAGCCGCGCGGAGCCGCCCGGAGGCGCGGGACCAGGUUCUGGCCAAGCCUGCGGGAAGGGCUGGACGCGCCGGGCCGCCGCCUCCGCGGCCCUCAGCGCGGACCCCGGGUCCCCGCGGCAGGGCCCCUGUGUGAUGUGUCUCCCGAGCCCGCAACCAACCUGGCCGCCCUGGUCUCACACGUCCUGUACUUGCAUGUUUUUCCACCCACAAGUUAUUUAGGCGACCUGCCACCGCCUCCCCCAGGGCUCAGCUGCUGGCUUCCAGGCCUAGGUGCCCAUGACGCCUAUGCUGACCACUGCCCGGACACCACCGCUGCCACAAGCUAGCACCACCGCCCAGGCCCCAAUGCCGGUCAUGCCCAUCCCGCGGCGGGUGCGCUCCUUCCACGGCCCGCACACCACCUGCCUGCACGCAGCCUGCGGGCCGGCGCGCACCUCCCGCCUGGCGCGCACUAAGUACAACAACUUCGACGUCUACAUCCGGGCGCGCUGGCUCUACGGCUUCAUCCGCUUCCUGCUCUACUUUAGCUGCAGCCUGUUCACGGCCACGCUGUGGGGCGCGCUGGCCGCCCUCUUCUGCCUGCAGUACCUGGGCGUGCGCGUCCUGCUGCGCUUCCAGCUCAAGCUGUCGGUGCUGCUGCUGCUGCUUGGCCGCCGGCGCGUCGACUUCCGCCUCCUGAACGAGCUGCUCAUCUACGGGAUCCGAGUAACCGUGCUGCUGGUUGGGGGCCUGGGCUGGUGCUUCAUGGUCUUCGUGGACAUGUGAGGGGCAGCGGCGGGCCUGGCUCUGGGGUUUCUCUGGCCCGACCGGUGGCAGUGGGUGCGCCUGUGGCCGUGUUCUCCUCGACGGGGUAGGUCAGGUCCUUGUUCUUCCCGAGCCGGCUCACGGAUGGGGGUCGGCCGAGGCGUCCGCCCCGCUGCCAGCACGUGGGGGAGGGGGGCUGAGGCUGCGCGGCGAAGGGGACACCGGUGCCCCCUCUGCUGCCGGAUUUCCGCCCCGAUCUUCCUGGUGUGCCCGUGUCGGUACAGCGCCGGUGGCCGCCAGCCUGUACUUCCAGCCCCCGCGCUGCCAGGGUGGGCCCCGUUGGCCUCAUCUGCCCCGGGGGAGCCUGUGUGUCCCUGCUGCCUGUCCGGCACACAGGCGUGGGCCGGGGUGUGCGAGUUCUUCCUGGCCAGCCGCCGGCCCCCUUCCCGCGAACCCCCAGUCCCUGCCCCAGCCUCAGGGGAGCGUCGGGCUCAGCGUGCUGAGGUCCCACACUGCCACGAGGCUGUUCCCUCUGCCCUGGGCCACCGAAUCCGGGCACGGCUCGCACACUCUGCGUCUGCGACCCUGAGAGGCGUAGGGGGUCCUGCGUCCCAGGCCAGGCUUCAGGGUCUUGUUGGUUUGCUUAGAUGCAGUCUGGUGGGGGUGCGGGCGGCCUUGGCAGCUUCCCUAGAUCAGGGGCCGGCCCAGGGCAGUGCUGGGUGCAGGGCAGGCCCGUCUUCUUCGGCCGGUUUGUUGACGUCAGGUUGGAUGCCACAGCCUCUUCAAGUGUGGAUUUCUGAGGAGGCAGCUUCACUCCCUCCUUGCUGGGGGAGGGGCUCUGGCUUCUCUUCCUCGGAGGGGUGGCUGGAAGGGAACCACACGUGCACGGAGCUGACGUCAGAGGUCUCGAGGAGGUGCAG